GCAAUGUUAGUUUCACUUUAAGACUUGCUAGCUCCUGCUCUUGCCUCUCGGAAUCGCCAUUGUUGGGUCUAGCAGAGUGAUGAGGAGGGCAGUACGAUGCUUCCGGUAUAAAAGUGAUAUCUUUAUGAAAUCUGUCGCGGAAAGGAAGCUCCAACUGCUGAAGGUGUUUUUUUUUACUGGCACGAUCUAUUGUUAGACGAGAUGAAACGGUGUCGCCGAACUGAAACAGCACGGUCUAUGUGACACACCUGGGAUUGUUCCACAGCAAACGUCCAAUUACGUUUAACUGCUUUACAUAUAUUGUGCCUGAAAGGGAAAGAAUAUUUUGCUGAGCAUUAGUAAGAAAGGCCAUUUCAGUGGGUUUUUAUUUCAUGGGGAUGUGUUCAAGACAAGAGAGAAUUCAAAAAGACGUCGACAUCGUUAUACAAAGGUGCAAGGCAGAAAAGGACUGCCUUUUCUCUGAUUUUCGAUACGCUGACGCCACCUUCACAUUUACCUAUUCAAAAGGAUGUAAAAGGGUAUCUUACUCUGUACAUGUCUCUGAUGAUUACCCAGACAACACAUAUGUCUCUAACUCUGAGAAUGAUGAUGAAGUAUUAGUCACACGAGAUCCUAUACCAGUGAUUUUCCACAGAAUAGCAACAGAGAUAAGGAUCAAUAAUGAUGCGACCAGCUGUCUUUCCAUCAAGUCGAAGCUUCAGCUCGACAAAAACCCAUGCCAUUAUGCCAUAGAAGAAGACUCGGAGGGUGAUAAUGACUCUGAAGAGUUCUACUAUGGUGGUCAGGUGAAUUACGACGGAGAGCUUCACAAACACCCCCAGCUGGAGGCGGACCUGUCAGCCGUGAGGGACUUAUACGGCCAUCAUGCGGUAUCUCUCAGGGAAUAUGGUGCAAUUGAUGAUGUAGACAUUGAUCUACACAUUGAUGUCAGUUUCCUAGAUGAGGAAAUUGCUCUUGCCUGGGAUGUAAUCCGGACAGAACCUGUUAUUGUACGUCUUCACUGCUCCCUCACGCAGUACCUGAAUGGACCAGUUCCCACCGUUGAUGUAUUUCAAGUGUCCACAAAAGACAGGUUUGGGCUGGGUCAUCAGCUGAAAAAGAUAAUGCAGACCUUUGUCACACAGCAGUGGAAGCAGCAUACUAAAGACAAACUCAACCGCCCGCAUAGCAAAAAGCUGACAGACAAGAAGGUGAAGUCCCCACUGCACAUCUUCUCCACUCUGCGCAGAUCCCCUAGCUACCCCCCUCCUGGCUGCGUGAAGAACAAAAAGAAACUAAAGCCUGAGCCGGACGGCGUCCCCAAGCCGCACCGCCUCCUUCGCCGCACCUGUGCGGCGAUGGCCAAGCCUGAGGCCGACGGCUGUGCGGGCAAGCCACGCAAGCUCCUGGGCCCCUCGCUGUCAGUGGAGCCGCCACCAUCCCUUAAGCCGGCCGGUCGACUCCUGCCCAGGCCGUGCCCGGUGCCACCCAGGCCCGACGAGUGCGGCGGCCCAAGGCCCCACCGCCUGCUUCCCCGCACCGGCCCAGGGGAGCACCGAUGCGAGCACGGUCCCGCAGCGGGUGGCGGACCCGACAGUGGAGGCGGCCCGAAGGCCCACCGGCUCCUGAGCCACUCAUGCUCAGGCAGCACGCGCACCGAGGAGCUGGACGGUCUCAAGCACCACCACCGCCUGCUCAGCCGCUCCUAUUCCAGCAGUUCUAAGGCGGGCAAGGGCGAGGGGCCCAAGGAGCCGUCCGGAGAGAGCCGCCGUCUCUCGCUUACCUCAGGGCUCAUUGGCAUCCUGGCCCCGGCACUCUCUUCUACGCCACCGCCAAACAAUGGAGCCAAGUCUAUACCACCCAGAGAUCGUGGAUUUCUCAUCCAGACUAUGGAGUAUGCAGAGCAGAGGAUCCCAGUCUUGAACGAGUUCUGCGUGGUGUGUGACGAACCUCACGUGUUCCAAAACGGGCCCAUGCUCAGACCCACAGUGUGUGAGAGAGAGUUAUGUGUCUUUGCCUUCCAAACGCUAGGAGUCAUGAAUGAAGCUGCUGAUGAGAUCGCCACAGGUGCCCAGGUUGUCGACUUGCUGGUCUCCAUGUGUCGCUCUGCACUGGAGUCCCCAAGAAAAGUAGUCAUUUUUGAGCCAUAUCCCUCCGUGGUGGAUCCCAGUGACCCUCAGACCCUGGCCUUCAACCCAAGGAAAAAGGACUAUGAUCGAGUUAUGAGAGCUCUCGACAGCCUCACGUCCAUCAGAGAAAUGACCCAGGCUCCAUAUUUAGAGAUAAAGAAGCAGAUGGAUAGAGUUGAUCCCCUGGCUCACCCACUGCUGCAGUGGGUCAUAUCCAGUAACAGGUCUCACAUAGUGAAGUUACCAGUGACCAGACAACUGAAGUUCAUGCACACCCCCCACCAGUUCCUCCUGCUUAGCAGCCCACCGGCCAAAGAAUCCAAUUUCAGAGCUGCCAAAGGCCUCUUCGGAAGUACUUUCGCUUUCCAUGGAUCGCACAUAGAGAACUGGCAUUCCAUUUUGAGGAAUGGAUUGGUUGUUGCGUCCAACACAAGACUCCAGCUCCAUGGCGCCAUCUAUGGGAGUGGAAUCUAUCUUAGUCCUUUGUCCAGCAUAUCCUUUGGUUACUCAGGGAUGAAUAAAAAACAACAGAAAGUUGCAUCAAAGGAUGAGACUGCUACAAACAAGACCAAUAUUCAUUUGCAGUCACAGAAGAAGGGUCAGCAGCCACAGUUUCUGCAGAGUCGCAAUCUGAAAUGCAUAGCCUUAUGUGAAGUUAUAACGUCGCCGGAUCUGCACAAGCAUGGUGACAUCUGGGUAGUUCCAAACACAGAUCAUGUCUGUACACGAUUUUUCUUUGUUUACGAGGAUGGACAGGUGGGUGACACGAGCAUCAACACGCAAGACCCUAACAUUCAUCGGGAGAUCUUACGAGUAAUUGGCAAUCAGACUGCCACCGGAUGAAAGACUGCGAGUGCAAUACUGCUGCCUUCACCUGUCCUCCUGUCUCAAAGCUGGAUAUUUGAGCGUAAGAGGUCGUACCAUAGGUAUUUUUGGAAAUCACAGAACACAGUAUAGAGAAGAAGAUUAUUUCAAAUCUACAAGAUACUAUUUAUACCCCAUGGAUACCCUUGUGUACACUGGCUAAUCAAACUCUUGCCAUUUUGCUAAGUUUAUUAAUAAAAUGUACAUUUUCAAAGAAUGUGGUAUGUCUCUCAGUUCAACUGAUAGACUUCCUAUUUUUUGUAAAGAAAAAAUAUAAUUCUUUGAGUAAUAUUUUGAGACUUUUACCAGACGUUAUUUGGCCUUUUUGGGGAAAACAAGAUAUUCCUUUGUGGUAAUGCGCCAUCCUGCAUUGUUUACUAAGAGUUGUACUUUUAGAAGUAUGAUACUUUGUGUAUACUGAAGGUGUUGAUAUGCACUUUAUUUUUAUUAAUGUGAGACAUUAGUUCGAACCUCUUCAUCUUAAAAUGCCUUUCAAAGACAGGAUUUAUUAUAUAUUGUUUAACGUUGAUGAACGCUAGUAAGCAUUUCCUGGUGUUACAGACAGUAAGAGCUGAGUGGUUGUUGUGUUUACAAAUGACAAUGACUUUUAUGCUUCAUGGUGUAGGUGUUGGUUUACAGUUUCCAAAAAGAAGUCACAGUUAAGAUUUUAUCCAUAUUGGUUCCACUGCAACCCUAUUUGAUCUAUUGUUUAAACCAGACUACUGUGACAUUAAGUUACCAAUUUAGUUACCAAUUUGGUAGAUUAAUAUUUCAAAUGUAUUUGGCCAUACUGACAGAAAAUAAAAUGCAUGUAGCUUUCCUUGCAUUUUCAGUCAAUUUGUGAUAUGUUAAUAGCAGUUUUUAUAAAAGAAAAACUGGCACCCAGUUGUAAAAUGUCUAAGUAUUUGAGUAUGAAUCUUUUUGUAAAGGUGAUUUUAAGGCAGAAUAAGUGUUUGCAGUUUAUUGUUUUUACAUUGCCAUGUUUUUUGAGCCAGUUCAAAUGUGAGAGUACAGAACCCCUAUUGUUAUUUUAGUCUUUUUAUUAUUUUAGUUUUUUGCAGUUGUUCAAAAAAUCACACACUUGUGUGUAAUUUGUUUUUGAAACAUCAAUUAAAAAUGUUGCUCCUAUUUUUUUGAGAGACUGAUAAUCCCUUCACAGAAAUUACCUCGGUAACUAACUCAAUGGACUAAAGUUCUUCAUAUUUUUAGUUUUACUUGAUCAUAUAUAUUAUCCACAUCACAGAAUACUACAGGUGUCUCCAAUCAAAUUACAAAAUUAUGGCUUUAAACAUUCAUCUCAUCCAGUUAAAGUACAGCAAUGCAUUUUUCCUAAUGGGACAAUUAAAAUGAUAGGUUUUAAAAGCCUUGAACCUGGCCUGAGGUUAUUAAUACCUUUGGUUGCCACACUUCAAACCUUUUUACUUUAAUUUUCCUACCUGCUACAGUGACAAAAAUGUUCAUUUGUACUAUGAAACUCAGCUAACAUGAACCAUGACAUUCAAAUUCAUUGGUUAAAGGUACAUUGUACACUGCAGUUAAAAAACAAGCAAACCAAAACAAGUGUAAUUUGGGUAGAGGUUUGAAUCACCUAAAAAUUUGUGGAAUUUUGUGGAAUCCUUAAAUUCAGAUGGAUAUCGGACAUUAUUUGGCAUAUGUCAUAAGUCUCAUGAUAAUUUCUGAAAUGACGAAAAACAAACUAGUAAAAUAUUAGUCAAAACUCCCUGUAUAAAAUAUUAAUUCUCAUCUUUUCUCACACAAAAAUAUUUAAAAAUAUUACUUCAAACUGAACAUAAUUUAAGUGAACUGCACUGAGUGUUUUGUUUGUAUGGUUUUGUACAUUUUAGUGACAAGGAUCAUGCUACUUAGCAUUUGGUGCCUUACAGAGGAGGAUUACUGGCAAAUAUAUAAGAAUACUGUACAUACUGUAAAUACUACCAGGAUAACCUGGAGUCCAAAUAUUUUCUGUAUUCAGUUUUUACUUCCUUAUUUUGCGAAAAGAUCAAGCUUUUUUUUUUCUUUUUACAAAUUAUGGAAAUAGUAGCUUAUGUACCUGUUUAUCUUCAUUAAAUUUGAAUUUGCCUAUAAA